GUCUCCAAGUGCGUUACAAGGGAGUUUAAAAGCUUCCAUUUUAGACCCCCGAGCACUAAAACUACUCCCAUUUGCCACAGCUCAAGAACGUGAAGAAACUGAAGCCCAAGUUCGUGCUGAAUUGUCAUUACUUGAAGACCAAGUAACUGUUUCAAAUAAUACUGAAAUAGAAAGAAACUCUGUAACUAUUAAUGAUGAUUUUCAAGAUUCUUUAAGUGCCGAAUUAUGGGGAACAUUGUCAAUACCUGAUAAU